GCAACUCAUGGCUGGAAGAGGCGGCAGAGGGAGGGGCCGGGGCGGCCACAUGACCUUCAACGUUGAAGCCGUGGGCAUCGGAAAGGGCGAAGCCCUGCCCCCGCCCACUCUCCAGCCCUCGCCGUUGUUUCCUCCCUUGGAAUAUAAACCAGUUCCCUUGCUAACUGGCGAAGAGGUAGAAUAUAUGUUGGCCUUAAAGCAAGAACUCAGGGGAGCGAUGAAGAACCUGCCGUACUUCAUCAAACCGUCUGCUCCUAAGAAAGACGUGGAGCGUUACUCUGACAAAUACCAGAUGUCCGGUCCUAUCGAUAACACUAUCGAGUGGAGCCCAGACUGGAGACGGCUCCCUCAAGAAUUAAAAAUCCGGGUGCGGAAGAUUAGAAAACAAAGAGUGACCAUCCUUCCCCCCAAGCGCAAAACUCAUCUGCCGGUAGACAAGGAAGAAGCCAUCAAGAAACUGGAGACUCUGGAAAAAAAGGAGGAGGAGGUGACAUCCGAAGAGGAAGAGGAGAAAGAAGAGGGUGAGGAAGGGAAAGAGGAGGAAGAAGAAGAAUACGACGAGGAGGAGUAUGAAGAGGAGACAGAUUAUAUCAUGUCCUACUUCGACAACGGGGAAGAUUUUGGGGGCGACAGUGACGACAACAUGGACGAGGCCGUAUACUGAACUGUGACGGUACCGUA